UGCCAUACAGCAAAAACACAGAGAGAGAGAGAGACACCAGAACCAGCACUAGUAACAGACUGCAGAAUCUACGCAAAGAUGAAGACGCCACAGCUGCUCAUCCUCCUUCUGACCAUUUUGCUUCAUGCAGCCACCGGUUUCCCCACUGACAGGAGAGGACGGGACAAGCAGGCCUCCUGGGACGACGUGAACGUGGUGGCCCACGGCCUCCUGCAGCUCGGCCAGGGUCUGAAGGAGCACGUGGACAAGACAAAAGCCCAGAUGAGAGAUGUCAGCGCCAAGCUGAAAGAAUUCAACAGCACAGUGGCCGAACUGGAGAGAAGGCAGCAGGAGCAAGAUGAAGGUCUGAGGGCCAGAACCAAGCAGGUGGAGGAGAGGGAGAAGCUGGCAGGAGAGCUGGCCCAGGAGGUGAAGGUGAAGGUGGAGGAGGUGAAGAAGGAGACUGAGGACAUCCACUCCAGGAUGGACAGACUGGAAGAAGUGCUCAGUGAGCCCACACUGGACAGCAACAACAGCGACCACGCAGGAGUCCCAUUCAUCCAGCGACUGGUGGCAGCUCAGAACCGACGCAUCGACCAGCUGGUGGAGAAAAUCCAGCAGCAGCAAGACAAACUAGAGAAGCAGAGUCUGCACCUACAAGCACUGCAGAGCAAGGUUGCACAUAAGAGAGUGAAAUCUCACAGACGCAGAGAUGAGGAGACGGCGCUGAGGGGCGAGGCUGAUCACAUCUCCACCCAAUCAGAUUUGGCCACAGACUGUCAUGAUCUGUUCGUCAGAGGGCAGCGAGCCAGCGGAGUCUACACCAUCCAGCCUGAGAACUCCCAGCCCUUCAACGUCCUCUGUGAAAUGACUUCAGACGGUGGAUGGACCGUCAUCCAGAAACGUCAAGACGGAUUCCAAAGCUUCAAUCAGCUGUGGGAGAGCUACAAGAAAGGCUUCGGCAGCCUGAACGACGAGUUCUGGUUGGGCUUGGAAAACAUCCGCUCGGUCUCCAAACAAGGACAGUACAUGCUGCAGGUGGAGCUUUCCGAUGAGGCGGGGCAGCAGCACGAGGCUCGGUUUCUCUUCCACCUUGACGGAGAAGAGGAGAAGUUUGCCCUCCACCUCGAGCAGGAGUCUUCAUCUGGGGCUCAAGAGAAAACCAUGAGCACUGGAGCUUCUGGUCUUCCCUUCUCCACGGCUGACAGCGACAACGACCUCGCCGCAGACGUCAACUGUGCCAAGCUGCUGUCAGGUGGUUGGUGGUUCAGCAGCUGCGGUGAAUCAAACCUGAACGGAAAGUAUCCCAGGAGGCCGAGCCAGCUCAGGGGACACAAGUCCAGGAGACAAGCCAUGUUCUGGACGAACGCAGAGGGACGGAGAAGCUCUCUGACGAGCACACUGCUGAAGAUCGCACCGGCGUCCAUGAAACAAUAAUCCUGCAUCUAAGAGACUGAGCAGCAGAGCACCAAAGUUACUCAGAACCAGAGACUGUUUCUAACUUAAACUACUAAAGGACUGAGAGCAGGAUGGGUUUUAUUCUGCACACUAUUGAUCUCAACGCACUGGAUGAUCCUAUAAUUCUAUGCUAUGCUAUAUGAGAACCCAACAAGUCAGUGUUCAGUCAUAUUGACGGUUGUACUGCUAUUCCCUUUAUAAGGGUUUUACUUGUUUUCUAAUAUAUUGUAAUUGUUUUAAUUACUUAAAGAAUGUACAGUUUCUUACUUCAAACAUUUAUACACAACAUUUUGUAUUUCAUUUAUAUGAAGUGGAUGAAAAUAAACUUUUUAAACAUUGAA